GCUUCUAUUUUAUUUUAUUUUUGGAAAAAAAGCUGUGGUAACAAUAUUUUCUGUCAGACUUCUCAAGAAUAUAAUUAGAAUACAUUAACUGGCAGAAAAAAAAUUAAUUACUGAGCUUGCUCUUAUAUAUAACCACGUCUCCUCUACCAGGAUACCUCGAGAACAACUUCAAUAUAUACUUCAAAAGAUAAAGACGUGGAGAUGUCGGGAGUGUGGGUGUUCAAGAAUGGCGUCAUUCGGCUAGUGGAGAAUCCCGGAGCUGAUGAGACGAACAUUGUGAAGGCAAAGCGAAAGGUUCUGGUUUACACUCCAAGCAACGAGGUCAUAACCUCUUACUCACAUCUCCAGCGACAUCUUUACGCACUUGGUUGGGAACGUUACUACGAGAAUGCUCAUCUCCUUCAGUUCCACAAAGCAUCCACCGUUCAUCUCAUCUCGCUCCCCACUGAUUUCUCCAAGUUUAAGUCGAUGCACAUGUACGACAUCGUCGUCAAGAACCGCAACAUGUUCCAAGUCAGGGACAUGUAGUCAUAUUUUGGCGGUUUUCUAUUUUCAGGCUCUUAUCUGUAAGAUGGGUUGUGUGCACAUGGUGUGGUUUGGUAUGUGUUAUGUCUCUUGUGAAGCUAACUCUGUAUUUGAAUGUUGGAUGUUGUAUGUACUACUAUUCUGGAAAUAUUAAGUAUGUUAAUAAGUAGUCUAAUAUGUAUAUGGAAAACGACCUUUUUUUCCUACUGGACAAUAACUAUAUUAUAUAUGCA